AUGAAGCUUCUUCCAUCCCUCCUCGCCGUAGCCCUCUCAGUUGCUCAUCUCGCCUCCUCCGCAGGUCUCGAGAUUGACUACCAAACGCCCGGGAUUGAAUGUACUCGCAAGACGAAAAACGGUGACCAGAUUGAGGUGCAUUAUCGCGGCUCUCUGCUCAGCACGGGCAAUGAAUUCGACUCCAGUUACUCGCGAGGUAGGCCUCUGGGUUUCCAAUUGGGUGCGGGACGGGUUAUCAAAGGAUGGGAUGAAGGCCUCCUAGACAUGUGCAUUGGCGAGAAACGGAAAUUGACAAUCCCACCGGAGAUGGGUUAUGGUGAGAGGGAUGUUGGCCCUAUUCCGGGCAACAGUGUGCUGGUCUUCGAAACAGAGUUGAUGGGGAUCAAGGGCGUGAAGAAGGAUGAGUUGUGA